AUGUUUGGCACAAAGAAUCGAACACUUCGAGGGCUGUCACUUUUCUUACUGCUGAUGAUUAUAACUGCCGAAUUCUUUCUGCUGUAUUUGGUAAUCGAAGAGGGGAAUGAGGCUCGGAAAACCGCUGUUCGACAUUUCAAAAGCGAUCUAUUAGUGCACGGGAAGGAUACCAAAUUGACAGAUGCAAUUGAUAGUAUACAAAUGACGGGUAAUUGCUGCGGGUCUUCAGGAUUUGAUGAUUAUUUGAAGAAUGUUGAAGAGGAAGAUGACGAAUAUGAAGCGCAGGGAUGUGAACAGUACCUGAUCCGUACCGUGGACCGCUACUACUUUGUCCUCUUUGCGCUUUGCCUGCUCGCAAUCCCAAUUCAUACGUUUCUCCUGUUGCUCAUCUCCUGCAUUUGCUGCCGCUCAAAGAAAAAGCGCCACUACACACCCGUACGCACCAAAGCCACCAAGACCGUCGGGCCCGACUUUGAAAUGUCGUUUUUUGAU